AUGCUCGUUCGCUACCGCUGCGAAUUCAAGUUUUCCUCUCGUGGAAUCUUACUCGGAACGCCAAUCUUGAGAAUUGAGGCGCUUAUGUUCGUCCAGGGUUCCUUAGGGUAUGGCUACGGCACAAGCACGCCACGGCGCUACGGAUAUCCCAGCUACUCUGCUCGGCGGUGUAGGAGGAAGAUAACGUCUAGUUUUACGUCGUCCAGCUUCGACGUGGGACUCACAGGCCCUCGUCUUUGGUCGAUCCUUAUCAUCAAACUCUCCAAGAAAUACUACUUGACGCAGGAGACGUGGUUGACUAGAUCUGCGAACUAUCCGCUUUCAGUAUGCUUGAACGAUUCGUACGGCGGCUACGUCCCACUGGACGCCUCAUGA